GUUGAAAUUGCACCUUAUGGAGUUUAUUUGGCUCUUAUGGUUCCUGGUUUAUUUGGCCUUAAAAAGUUAUGGUUCCUAAUUCUUGUUACAGAACUCGGUGACGCUUGAUGGAGGCGCCAGAAGUAGACAAUGUUCGUGUAGUAGUACGUUGCAGACCUCUGAGCCAUAUAGAGCGGGGACAAGGCCAUCGGAAAAUCGUAUCUGUGGACAGCGCAAGCAACUCUAUCUCCGUCACCAACCCAAGCAAUGAUCAGGAACCACCUCGUAUUUUUACGUUCGAUGCAGUAUUUGGAGAAGACAGCGACCAAUUUAGUGUUUACAAUAUCGCUGCAAGGCAAAUUGUUGACAACGUACUGAAGGGAUAUAACGGCACUAUUCUUGCUUAUGGACAAACCGGCACUGGGAAGACUUUCACAAUGUUAGGAAGUGAUAGUUGUCCUGGAAUAAUUCCGAAUUCUUUUGCACACAUUUUCGAUCACAUAGCAAAAUGUCAGCAGGAUAAAACAUUCCUUGUUCGAGUUUCUUAUUUGGAAAUUUACAAUGAAGAGAUCCGAGAUUUGCUGGCCAAAAAUCCGGUGCAUGGUCUUGAAAUUAAGGAACGACCAGACAUUGGUGUUUAUGUGAAAGAUCUAUCAAGUGUCACUGUGUCCGGUGCGGAUCAUAUGGAGCGCAUUAUGCAGUUCGGCAACAAUUACAGAUCAACAGGUGCAACAAAGAUGAAUGUAGACAGUUCACGUUCCCAUGCAAUUUUCACCGUAACGAUUGAAUGCAGUGAGAAAAUUAGUGGUCGUUGUCAUAUCACGCAAGGAAAACUACAACUUGUUGAUUUAGCCGGUAGCGAGAGGCAGGCGAAGACUGGUACCAGUGGAAAUCGAUUGAAAGAAGCGGCUCGUAUCAAUUUGUCACUUUCUUCUCUCGGUAACGUCAUUAGUGCUUUGGUUGAUUCGAAGACGAUUCACAUUCCAUAUAGAAAUUCCAAACUUACGCGACUACUCCAGGAUUCUUUAGGUGGUAAUUCGAAGACUGUUAUGUUUGCAAAUAUUGGUCCUGCUUCCUAUAAUUACGAUGAAACUGUUUCCACGUUAAGAUAUGCAAAUCGUGCCAAAAACAUUCAAAAUGUGGUUCGAAUUAAUGAGGAUCCAAAGGAUGCAUUGUUACGAAAAUUCCAAUUGGAAAUUGAACAUCUUAAACAUUUGCUCGAGAAAGAAGAGUUAAGUGGAAGUGAAGAAGAGGCGACUGAAUCGAGUUGGCGCAAAGGGCAGAGACAGUCGCGGAAUCGUUAUAAUGAUCGUAUUGAAGAACUGAAAAAGACGAUUGAAAUUAAGAGAAAUGAAUUGCAAAAAGAAAAAGGGCUGGCUGAUGAGGAACGUUCAGUGUUGGCCGCAGAACUUCGUGCUAAAGAGGAAGAAUUGGCUCAAGCGCAUAGAGAUCAUGAUUUAUUGAUGGAUAAACUAAGGCAAAUUGAGAAAAAACUUAUCGUUGGUGGCGAAAAUAUGCUUGAAAAGGCUGAAAAACAAGCCCGGUUGCUGGAGCAAAGUAAUGCUGAGUUAGAACGUGGGCGUCUGAAUGAGACGCAGUUAAAGCAAGCAUUGGCAGAAAAGAAUCAAGAAAGGAUUGAUCUGGAAGAAAAAUACAAUACGUUAGCAGAAGAGGCACAUGGAAAGACAAAGAAGAUAAAAAAGGUUUGGAAUAUGCUGAAUGCUGCAAAAAGUGAAUUAGCUGAUGUACAAAUGGAACAUCAGCGUGAGAUGGAAGGUCUUUUGGACAGUGUUCGUCAACUUCGCAGCGAACUUCUUCUACAACUGCUUAUUAUUGAAAACUACGUGCCAGCGGAAUUCUUAGAGCUCAUUGAACGUUUCGUUCGGUGGAAUGAAGAAACGGGUGAUUGGCAGUUAAAAUGCAUUGCUUAUACUGGAAAUAACAUGCGAGCACGUAACCCACCACGACAACCACUCUAUAAGCCGCCAAACCCUCAAAUGCUAGAUUUGUUCUUAUCGUAUCAGGAUGAAGUGGCACAUAUGUCCUCAAAUGAAAUGCGUCCUAAACUACGCGUGAAAUCCAGCAAACGUGAAAGAGAUGCGGCUCGUUUGAACGUGUUAUUGAAUUGAAGCAGUGGUCGUUUCUGGAUGAUCAUAUCAUUUGGAAAUCUGACUAUCUAAAACACAUGCGUGCUUGGUUUGUGAUCAUUCAAAUGGUAUUAACCUUUGAGAUAAUGGACCAAUUAGUUUUAUUUAUUGAGCUUUAAUGAAUCCCGUUCUUUUCGAGGUGCGUUAGAAAAAAUGAGGGAUUAUACGAAUGAGUUUGUGACGAAUUCUCUUUUAAAUUGGAA